GGUGCAGCCCAACUUUUGCUCCGGCGUCCCUAUCCUGCGCCGCGCUUGCUAUCCUGCGCGCCACCGCUGGCCUUGGAUCGCGCCGCCUCCAAGCUCGUUGUUGCUCUAUUUCUCUCUCUCCCUCUCUCUCCCCCUCUUCGAGCACAAGAGAUAAUAAAGAUCAAAGUGUCAUCAAAAGUCAUAUUGCAUCAUGUUCAUCAGAUAUCGAGGAGUGAGGAAAUAGGAUUUGUGGAACCACCCUUCAUCUUGGAUGGUGAAAGCCUUCUUGCAAUAGGAAUUGCUGUAAGAAGAGAGAAUCAUGUCAUGCUUCGCAUGCUGUGGAGAAGAUGAUGUCCAUCGAACAGCCGAUAGCGGAGGUCCCUAUAUGGGAACCCAUUCAGCAGGGAAUGAUGGAACAUAUCGUGCUGCAGAGCCUGCCCCUAAGGGUGUUCAAACUGUAAAAGUCCAGCCUAUUGCAGUUCCAGCCAUUAUUGUAGAAGAAAUAAAGGAAGUUACUAGAAAUUUUGGUGAUGAGGCGUUAAUUGGGGAGGGUUCAUUUGGCAGAGUGUAUUUUGGUGUGCUUAAAAACGGGAGAAGUGCAGCCAUAAAAAAAUUAGAUGCAAGCAAGCAGCCAGACCAAGAAUUUUUGGCACAGGUUUCCAUGGUAUCAAGGCUAAAACAUGAAAAUGUUGUGGAGCUGAUCGGUUAUUGUGUUGAUGGGAAUCUCCGUGUUCUUGCCUAUGAGUUUGCUACUAUGGGAUCCCUUCAUGAUAUUCUUCAUGGUAUGGACCAUAAAGCUAUAUUUUAUUGGCUUAAAUUAGCUCUAUAACAUAUUUCAACUGUU